UGUGUUUGCAUACCGUCUGACCUAGACCGGACGAGCAACCUCGCGGGCUCAGCAAACACCAUGAAGGUCAACAUCAUGACUACCACCCCUUCAGUGCAUCGACUAUUCAACCCCGCCGAUGUGCCAACCCUGAAGACCAUCAUCUCGUGCGGAGAGAUGCUGACAGCAGCGGACCUCGAGCACUGGCGCGGGAUUGUGCGCAACUGCUGGGGCCCGGUCGAGACCAGCAUCAUCUGCACAGGCAACAUUACUCCACCGGACAAUCGCAACAUUGGAAACGCAUUUGGUUGUCGCACUUGGGUGGUGGACCGCAACGAUCACCGCCGCUUGCUUCCUAUCGGGGCCGUGGGCGAGGUGCUAGUGGAAGGGGCCAUUGUGGCCCGGGGCUAUCUGAAUGAGCCCGAGAAAACUGCCGAAGUCUUUGUCGAGAGUCCUCCCUGGAUGAAGCGGGGUUCAGAGACCGACGGGCUUCGACAAUACCGGACUGGCGACUUGGCCCGUUACAACGCGGACGGGACUCUACAUUUCGUCGAGCGAAAGGAUACCCAGGUGAAGCUCCAUGGUAAUCGGAUUGAGGUCGCCGAGGUCGAGCAUUAUCUGCAGAUCUCAUUUCUGAGUGUGGAUGAUGUGAUCGUGGACAUUGUUAGCCCACCUGCUCGUGGUAACCAUCAGAUCCUGGUUGCAUUUGUCCUGGAGCCUCGCCGUCGCUCCACUGAGACAGCAAUGCUUCUCCCGAUUGAUGAGCAGUUUCGACAGGCGUGCACUGAGGCUGAAGAGAAACUACGGUCUCGUGUUCCAUCGUACAUGGUUCCAGGCGCUUUUAUUCCUGUGUCGCGUAUGCCACUCACUCUUAACGGAAAGAUUGAUCGAAGGAACCUACGUGAGACUGCAGCAGGACUGUCGAAGGAGGCGCUCGACAUCUACACUACCAAGGGCCGCAUUGAUACGCAGCCUUCGCAUAAGCGUAAGCCCCAGACGGAACGCGAAAUGCUGCUACAGAAGCUCGUAGCUGAAAGUCUCGAGGUGGAGCCAUCAACUAUCGGCAUGGAAGACAAUUUCUUCUUCUUGGGUGGGGAUUCUACCACGGCCAUGAAACUGGUCAGCUUGGCCCGUGGAGCAGGAAUGUCCUUCACAGUUCCUGACUUGGUCUCUCACCCUCAUUUCCUGGAUCUUCUCGCUUUCAUCGACCAGCGAGAGGGUGAUGAAGUCGACAGGAAGGAAGAUAUCUUCACGCAGCCAGCACCAUUCUCUCUUCUGCAGGUCGGUGACGCCGCAGCCUUUUUCAAAGAGACCCUGGCACCGCAGCUGCCAGACUUCAUGUUCGAGGAUGUACUCGACGCUUUCCCAAUGACAGACAUGCAGAAGCGCUUCUAUGGCCCUCCACAAUAUUAUCAAUUAUUCCUACAGGGCGAAUUCGACCAGGCACGUCUGGAAGACGCAUGUGAGCAACUGAUGAAAGACAACGCAAUCCUGCGAGCCAUUUUCGUCUCCCACAACGAUGAUAUGAUCCAGAUCAUUCCCAAGAGGAGCAUGUUCUCCUUUGAAGAGGAUGAAUGUGAAGAGCCUGACCUUGCAGAGUACGUCCAGAAGCUCUGCCAGGAAGACGUCGCGAAGUCAAUCCCACUGGGACAGGCUCCCACCAAGUUCACACUGGUGAAGCGCAGUCCCACCGAAAACGUCUUGGUCAUCCGAAUCACGCACUCUCAAUAUGACGGUGUGACUCUGCCUAUUAUCUACCGUCGCCUUGCAGCGUUAUACCGUGGGGAGCCCACCCCCGUCGUCACUGAUUUUCCGGAAUACCUAUACCGCGCGAAGACCCUCAAGACCCCUGCCGCAAUCGAAACAUGGAAAGACAUCCUUCAGAAUGCCUCCAUGAGCUACAUCGGCCUUCAACAGGCUCCUCCCCCCGAACCCACCCUGCUCUAUGCCACCCGCGUCUUGCCCAACCUCAAACCGAGUCCGGGAAUCACGCGAGCCACGCUGGUGAAGGCCGCCUGGGCGCUCACUCUCUCCAGCCACCUGGCACGUAGAGAUGUGACCUUCUUCCAGAUGGUCAAUGCCCGUGGAAUCGCCAUCCCAGGCAUCGAAUCGGUCCUGGGUCCCUGUUUCAACUCGAUCCCGGUGCGCGUCACCCGCCAAAAGGCUUGGACCGGCCUCGACCUCCUGCACUAUGUGCAGAACCAGCACCUGAAGACCAUGCCCUACAGCUCUCUUGGGUUUGAGGAAGUGAAGAGGCUGAGCACCGGCUGGAACCCGCUGACGAAGAUGGCGUCGGUGGUCGUGCACCAGCACUUUGAGCAGCUCAAAGCCUUCGACUUCGCGGAUGGAAUACAUUGUACCAUCAAGGAGUUCUUCUCACCGACGAUUCCGAAUGAGGUUGUACUCUUUUCGGAGAUAAACGAGGGAAAGCAGUGGGAGUUGCAUCUGUUGACCUCGGUGAAUGUUUUGGGACCGGAGGCGUACGAUGGGUUGUUGGGGAAGACGGUAGAGUACAUGAAGGUUUUGGCAGCUACGCCGGAGAGAGAGCUCGAGAGUAUUGUUGGAUUCUAUAAGACUCGUUUGGCUUCUUGCUGAUAUGUAUCCGCUGGAGUUGUUGGACUUUAGGUGCUGGUACUACGCUCACUCGUUUACCUAAAUUGUAUGCUUGAAUGAGA